AAGAAGAAUAAAAAAAGAUAAUAUUAGGAAAGGAAGAUUAAAUAAUUAACAGGCAUUAAAUAAGUGUAGGAACCCUGCGCGGAGGAUGCGGCGCAGCCCGCCCGUGUCCCCGGGGCCGCCCCGGGCAUGAGCCGGGACCAGAAGCGGAGCCGGAGCGGGGCCGGCCCGGGCGAGUGAACUGGGCCGGGGGCCGGGCCGGGGCUCGGGGCCGCCUCCUCCCUCCUCCCUGCCCUGCCCAGCGCAGCGCAGCGCUCCGCGCAUCCUCCGGCAGCCGCGCCGAGCCGAGCCGAGCCGGGCUGAGCGCAGCCGCUGCGGAGCCGUGCGAGCGGGAGGAUGAGGGGCAUCCUCUGCCUCUGCACCCUGCUCCUGCUGGCAGGCAUGGCGGCGGGUGCCGGGCCCGGCAGGGACUGCCUGCAGGCGGGCGAGGCCUGCGCCACCGACCCCGUGUGCAGCGCCAAGUUCCGCACGCUGCGCCAGUGCAUCGCGGGCAACGGCGCCAGCAAGCUGGGCCCGGGCGCCAAGAGCCAGUGCCGCAGCACCGUCAGCGCCCUGCUCUCCAGCCAGCUCUACGGCUGCAAGUGCAAGCGCGGCAUGAAGAAGGAGAAGCACUGCCUGAGCGUCUACUGGAGCAUCCACCACACGCUGAUGGAAGGCAUGAACGUGCUGGAGAGUUCCCCGUACGAGCCUUUCAUCAGGGGCUUCGAUUCGGUGCGGCUGGCGUCCAUCACCGCAGGCUCCGAGAACGAGGUGACGCAGGUGAACCGGUGCCUGGACGCCGCCAAGGCCUGCAACGUGGACGAGACGUGCCAGCGGCUGCGCACCGAGUACGUGUCCCUGUGCAUCCGGCGCCUGGCCCGUGCCGACGCCUGCAACCGCGCCAAGUGCCACAAGGCCCUGCGCCGCUUCUUCGACCGCGUGCCCCCCGAGUUCACCCACGAGCUGCUCUUCUGCCCCUGCGACGACACGGCCUGCGCCGAGCGCCGCCGCCAGACCAUCGUGCCCGCCUGCUCCUAUGAGGCCAAGGACAAGCCCAACUGCCUGGCGCCCCUGGACGCCUGCCGGGACAACUACGUCUGCAGGUCGCGCUAUGCAGAGUUCCAGCUCAACUGCCAGCCCUCCGCGCAGGCUGCCAGCGGCUGCCGCAGGGACAGCUACGCUGCGUGUCUGCUGGCCUACACCGGCAUCAUCGGCAGCCCCAUCACCCCCAACUACAUCGACAACUCCACGGCCAGCAUCGCGCCCUGGUGCAGCUGCACCGCCAGCGGGAACCGGCAGGAAGAGUGCGAGAGCUUCCUGCACCUCUUCACCAGCAACGCCUGCCUGCAGAACGCCAUCCAGGCCUUUGGCAACGGGACCCACCUGAACACAGCCGUGGCCCCCUCCAUCCCCCCCACCACACAGCUGUACCAGCAGGAGCGGAACGCCAACAGAGCCGUGGGCACCCUCAGAGAGAGCAGCCCGGAGCACCUGCAGCCCACCAAGGUGGCUGCAGAGGAGAGGCUCCUGCGUGGCUCCACUCGUUUGUCCUCAGGCACCUCCAGCCCUGCAGCCCCGUCCUGCUGGGCAGCCCCUGAGCUGCAGGUGUGGCUGCUGCUGCUGCUGCUGCUGCUGUGCUGAGCCUCCCCUGAAGACAGGCAGGGCUGCACAAGCAGGCACAGACUCGCUUUGUCUUGGGCUCUUCACUGAACAGCCACACCAGUAACUGUUUCAGGAGGAGAGCAGGGAGAAGGGAGGGGAUGGGAAGGCAAGGUGAGUGCUGGGCAUCCCUUCCUCCUCUCACCUGCCUGCGGGUUUAUUUGAUUUUAUAUGAUCAGCAUUGUUGACAACCAGCUCAUUCUUGGUCCUGGCCACCUUUCCACACCACAGCUUGGUUGUUGUUUCUCCAGCUCUCUGUGGAUAGGGCUGGAGCCAUGGACAAUUUCCUUGGAAAAGUUGGAGGAGAGAGUUGAUCCAAGAAAUGGGAGCUGCAAAGGAAAUGUUUCUUCCUGCCCCAGCCAAGAGGGGAAAAACUUUUGAUGGAUGGAUGGAUGGAUGGAUGAUGAUGGAUGGAUGGAUGGAUGGAUGACCUGUCAGGAGGUUUCCUGAAGCCCACACUGGGGGCUCUGGACAGGACAUGUCGAGUGAUGUGGAGUUCAGAUGUCUGCAGGGUGCUCAGACCCUGAAGGACAACGUGCCUGGUUCCUUCAGACUGCAGAAACCACAACACUGGUGAGAAGGAGGUUUUGUUCACUGGAGAGGAACCUGAAGCUCCUCUGGGAAGGACCAAGUAACCAGACUCUGAACUGGCUGGCAGGGAUUAUCACCCUCUCCAAACCAUGGCCAGAGUGCAACCAGCAUCCAUGUCCCAGCUGACCCUGCCCUGGGCCUCCUCCCUGGGGAGCCCUGUGUCCUGUAUUGAUGAAUUCAGGAACAAACACGUGUGUUGCAUUUGGUUUACUGAUGAGUUUUUUGUGUCCAAACCCAAACAUCUCUAUCCACCCGUCCUGUACAGUGUUUGGGGCAUUUUUUGUCCCAGUAUUGUCCCACUCCAGGCAUCUGUCCCUCCAUCAGAGACCAUUGUGAGCCCGUGGGCAGGAUUUGAUGUGAGCCCAACACAUCCCACUCACAUGCUACCUGUUCACCCCCUGGUCAAUAGGCACAGAGUGUCUCCAGCCAAGGGAUUUCAUUAGGGAAGAGAGAGGAGAGGAGAGGUUUGCUGGAUACCACCCUGAAGACAGACAUGCCCAGCCAAGAAAGGCCCAGUCACGAAUUAUAUCAUGAGCAGGGACUGGAUUCAGUUUCCCCUCCUUGAAGAACUGGUAGAGGCAACCACCUGUGUCCAGGUGAGCAGGUGAGGGGCUUUGCCUCUUGCCAGGUCCUGUUUUUUCAGUGAAGAUGUCAUUUAAGCAAAGGCUAAUGAAGGGACCCUUUCUGCUGAGCUGCAGAGGAGCCCAAGGGGGAAGGUGAGGAUGAAUGUCUGUGGUGUCCUGGGCACAGGGAGAGGUGAGGAUGAGUGUCCCUGGUGUCCUGGGCACAGGGAGAGGUGAGGAUGAGUGUCUGUGGUAUCCUGGGCACAGGGAGAGGUGAGGAUGAGUGUCCCUGGUGUCCUGGGCACAGGAGAGGUGAGGAUGAGUGUCCCUGGUGUCCUGGGCACAGGAGAGGUGAGGAUGAAUGUCUGUGGUGUCCUGGGCACAGGGAGAGGUGAGGAUGAGUGUCCCUGGUGUCCUGGGCACAGGGAGGCAGGUGUGUGACCUUGGACUACCUGUGCAUCCCAGGGUCCUUCCUUGAGGUGAGCUGAGGAGUCCCAGUGCCCUCUGGGGGGCUGAACCCCUGUACUGUGUGAAGCCAGGAAAGAAGAUGGUGAGGAAGAGUGAGGUUUCCCAGGAUAAAUGCUUCCCCAGGCUGAGUGCCAUGGGAGGAAGGGCAAUAGCCCCAGAAUCCCCUGAGUGUAAUUAGGCCUGGCCUUUGCAGCAGUCCAUCUAUCCUUGGUUUGUGCGCCUCCAAUAAAUAUCAUUAUUCCCUUGGCAUUUGAAUCAUGGAAUCUGACACAGCAAAGCCCAUUGCUUUUUAUUCCCAUUUCAUGCAAAACCCUCACAUUGUUUAUUGCUUCAGAUUUUCUGAGAAACUGCAGCAACUUCCUUGGCUUUUGUUCCAACAAGAAACCACUCUGGUUUUCAGCUGAACACCUGUGGAUGUGUCUGACCUGAACAGAAAUGCUCCUGCUGCAUCCUGUGCAAAGUGCUGCUCCUUGAGGUGCUCAGGGCUGUAGCACCAGGUUUUCCUAACCCCAGGGUGUGCAGAGGCACACCAAGUUCCCAGGCAGGGUCCAAGUCACACCCUGAGCUAAAAGCUGUAUGUGAGAACUUCACGGCUGGGGUCUCACUGUGGUCAGGAAAGCAGAAAGGAGGGAGAGCUGCAGGCAGGUGACCCCAUGAGUGCACAGAGUUGCUGUGAACAUCUCCCUUUAUCCAGGACACCAGUGUCUCCUGAGAGAGGGAUACCUGAGUGCUCAGCCCUUCAAAGGCAAGGCACUACCUCAACACCACAAGGUCCUGCUGGGAGCUGUGUUCUUCUGCCCCUUUCCUUGCUGGUGCUGUAGUUCCCUCUGCCCUCCCACAGCCUGGCCGCGUCAAACCAGGCUCCAGCAGCUGCCAGUGGUGCACAGGCUGUGUCUGCACAGGGUGGGGUGCAGCUGUCAGCUGCUGUCCAGGAGCUCCCACUCCUCUGUCUCUCACUUCUCCGUGACAGUGAUGCUGAGGUGCCACUUUGCCAUUUCCUUCUCAUUCAGCACAGAAAGAGUUUUUGUGGGUGGUCAGGAUGCCUGGUGGCCCCACCGCGCCUCUCCCUGCACACUGGUGCUGUAAAAAGGGGUGGAGAGUCUUCAAGGACUGGAUGGGAUGGAGGAGACCUGCAGAGGUUACCUCAUCCCAGUGCCAUGUCCCACAUCAGCACCUACUUCAACAAUUUCCAUGACAGACAUCAUCAUUUCCCUUGGAUUUAUACCACAGAAUCAUGAAAUGGGUCAGGUGGGACUUUAAAGCUCAUCUCAUUCCAGCCCCCCCUUCCACUAGACCAGGUUUCCCCAGCCCCAUCCAGCCUGGCCCUGGACACCCCAGGGCUGCCUUGCUUUAAGGACCCUGCAGGUGUUUGUUGUCUCUGCACAAGAGAUCCUCAGUCCCAUGUCUGGUGCUCCAAGCCCUGUCCAGGCCAGUCCUGCCCUCCUGGGGAUUCCCUGGGGCUCCCAGAUGCUCUGGAAUGGAGUGAAUGAGGCACAGAGCAAGGACCCUCUCACCCAGCAGGAAGGAGCUGGGGGGUAGGAAUUAACAAAAAAAAAAUUAUCCCCAAACUUUCAUGGCUUUGUUCUGAUUAUUUCACUCUUUUCACUAAUAUUUAAUGUCGAUUCUCCCUCCAAGCCUGUUCAUGAAUCAAACUUUGCAAAAAAGGAUGACUUUUGAACCUUUCUUUUGGAGGAAGCAAACAUGAUUACUCUCCUCCCACCCACCAAGAUGUGUGCACAGACCACUGCUUUUUCCUUGUGAAAAGUCAGUAAUUUUUUUGGAUGAAAUUCCAUCUCUGCUGAAUUCUGUGAGGUGAACCAUGGAUCUUCAUUUUUAAGUCUCUUGAUUAACCGCAGAAGUCAUAGCAGCUGCUUGUAAAGGCAAAAGACUGACUGAGCCAAGAGGCAGAAGGGGAGAAAAUUUUCUUUUUAGGAAUUACUCCAUUCCUGAGGACUUCCAUAAGCACAAAGAAGAAUCCUGGGAAAAAGAAAGGAAAAAAACCACAAUUAACCAGUCAGACAUUCUACUUUAUUUUUUGGGUGCACAGCACCACUGGCAGUGGUUGGCAGCCCUGAACCCUGUGAAAUAUUGUGUGUGUACUUCCCCUUGUCAUGUCAUGUCAUGUGCAGCGUUGUCCAGGCUGGAGCAGAGCUGGGAGGGACACCAGGGCUGGGGAAGGUGCUGGAGCAGGAGCCCCAGGUGGGGAGGGUGGUGGCUGCCAGCCCAACCCGGGGUCAGACUGUACUUACCUUUUCUGUAAUGUCAGUAUCUAAACAUAUCCCUGAAUAAAGCACACACGUUUUCCUGA